AUGGAGACCGCCAGACUAGGCCCCGGCCCGCCUACUCACCUCAGCAGGGCCCGGGACCCUUCAUGGUCCUCGGGGUGGGCACGGACCGUCCCCGUCCCCCCGCCCCAGCAGCGCCGGGAAAGGGAAGCCCAGCGUGAGCGCGGCCUGCAGGAGGCGGCGGCGGGACUGUGGUCGAGGGGCGGAGCCGGACGUACUCCUAAGACGCCUGGGUUAUCAGUCAGUGCAAGAAAAAUUAAAGAUAAUACAGCCGACUGGCAUAAUUUAAUAAUGAAGUGGGAGACACUGAAUGAAAAUGGAUUUACCAGUGCUACCAAAAUUGUGAACAACAAAAUCGCUACACAGUUGAAAGACAAGUUGGAUAUAGAAUGUGAUAACAUUGCCUCCGAUGAUAGAAGAAUGCCACCAGAUUAUAAUGUAGAGUUGGAAGAAUACUGCGCAGAACUACUUGGGACAUUUGAAAAUAUGACAAAAAUAUACCAGAAAAUGAAAAAGCUGUGUUCAACCACUAAAGGAAUCUGUGACUUGGAAAAAUACCAUAAUGGAGACCACAGGACACUACUAUUCCACACAUGGCCCACACCCUAUUUCUAUGAAGUUUCUUGCAAACUCCUAGAAAUGUACACAAAGGAAUUAAAGCUGAAACAAACUAUUGUGCAAGAGAUUGCACAUACUACUGACCAAGAUCUCUUAAUGGUCUACUUAUCUUCAUGGUUAUAUCAGCCUUACAUUGAACAGAGCAGCAAAGUUCUGCUAGAAAGUAUGUUGUUGGAAACAGGACACAGAUCACUCUAAACACUUCAGACCUGUUUGAAAAGCUAACUCCUGCCCUGAAAAUCCUUGGAUGAAAGUUACACUGCAGAAUAUUUAAAUGUAUUU